AGAAAUCAAGAGCGCGUACAAAAAACGUCAACUUUGUUCUCUAAUAGGAGUUGAAGGAGGUCACUCAUUAGCUGGAAGUUUGGCCGUCCUGAGGACACUCUAUCACGUUGGAGUCAGAUAUUUGACGCUCACUUCUACUUGCAACACGCCGUGGGCCGAUUGUUCCCAUGCAGAUUUGCCGGGAAAAAAACCGGAACACGGCGGCCUCACCAGCUUUGGCAAGAGCAUAAUUAAAGAAAUGAAUCGACUGGGCAUGAUAGUCGAUCUGUCACAUGUGUCCGUCAAUACGAUGCGUGACGCAUUGGAGGAAUCAAAAGCGCCCGUCAUCUUCAGCCAUUCAUCGGCGCAUGCGCUUUGCAAUUCGACCAGAAACGUCCCGGACGACACAUUAAGGAAGCUCGCCAUGAACAGGGGCGUCAUCAUGGUUAAUUUUUAUUCGCUGUUCCUGACCUGCAAGGAGGUUUCUACAAUUGCAGAUGCUGUUGCUCACAUAAAUCACAUCAGAGAAGUGGCCGGCGUGGAUAGCGUUGGAAUCGGGGCCGGCUACGAUGGAAUAAACUACGUUCCCCAAGGACUGGAGGACGUCUCCACCUAUCCCACCCUCUUCGCCGAGCUUAUAGGCACCGGCAAAUGGAGCGUGGACGACCUCAAAAAGCUGGCCGGACUGAAUUUCCUCAGAGUGUUCCAGGAGGCCGAACGGGUGCGUGACGAAUUCAAAAAGGCCAACAUUCCCCCCUACGAAGAUGUCAUGCCUACUAAUAAGAACAGGGACAACAAUUGCACGUCGCAGAGCAACUGAUUGAA